AGGCUUCAAAAAAAAAAGAAAGAAGGGGAACGAAGGGGUCUACACGCCGCUGCUCCCCCGUUCCGGCGACGCGACGGCCGCCGACCGCGCCACCGGGGGUGGAGGAGGGAUGAUGCAGCAGCUGCAGCCGACGCGGAUGCACUGGGCGAGGGCCGUCCCCUCCGACUUCGGCGGCCAAGCCCCCGCCCCUCGCAGCGGGCACACGGCGGUCGCCAUCGGCGGGUCCAAGGUCGUCGUCUUCGGCGGGUUCGCCGACAAGCGCUUCCUCGCCGACAUCGCCGUCUACGACGUCGAGAACAGGCUAUGGUACACGCCGGAGUGCAGCGGCAGCGGCCCGGACGGGCAGCCAGGCCCCAGCCCGAGGGCCUUCCACGUCGCCGUGGUCAUCGACUGCAACAUGUUUAUCUUCGGCGGCCGCUCCGGGGGCAAGAGGUUAGGUGACUUCUGGAUGCUCGACACCGACAUUUGGCAGUGGUCGGAGAUGACUGGCUUUGGCGAUUUGCCAUCUCCCCGGGAGUUUGCUGCCGCAUCAGCCAUAGGAAACAGAAAAAUUGUCAUGUAUGGUGGUUGGGAUGGCAAAAAGUGGCUGUCUGAUGUAUAUGUCAUGGACACAAUGUCACUUGAGUGGACAGAACUAGCAGUUACUGGAUCAGCGCCACCUCCAAGAUGCGGACAUUCUGCCACUAUGAUUGAGAAGAGGCUGCUUAUAUUUGGAGGCAGAGGUGGAACUGGGCCGAUAAUGGGUGAUCUCUGGGCUUUAAAGGGUAUCACUGAAGAAGAUAAUGAGACACCAGGAUGGACACAAUUAAAGCUGCCAGGUCAAUCUCCCUCUGCACGAUGUGGCCAUUCAGUGACUUCUGGUGGACCUUAUCUCUUGCUAUUUGGUGGACAUGGAACUGGCGGUUGGCUAAGUAGAUAUGAUGUGUACUACAACGAAUGUGUUAUUUUAGACAGGGUCUCUGUUCAAUGGAAGCGCUUACCAACAAGUAAUGAGCCACCCCCUCCUCGGGCAUAUCAUUCUAUGACUUGCAUAGGGCCUCGGUUUCUUUUAUUUGGUGGCUUUGAUGGAAAGAAUACCUUUGGCGAUUUGUGGUGGCUUGUUCCUGAAGAUGAUCCUAUUGCCAAGCGGGACUUGGUUCCUAGUGUUGGUUCAGACAGCAACCAUAGCACUGUGACUGGUGAUGCCCAACAGUCUGCAUUGAAGGAAUCAGAAUCACAAUCUGAUGAAUCUCCGAUGUUGGAGUUGGCCAAACGAUUGGGGAUUCCACUUUAUGUAGAACCUUCAGCAAGUUUUGUUGACGAAAUCAACGAUAAAGAACUAAUGGAAUUAUCAUCUAGGCUCAUUGGUGAAUCACUUCCUACCACCGACCAGCUUGCAUGUAUUCAGGCACUUCGUGAUCAUUGGAGAAGUUCUCCAUCCAGCUCAAUACAGCUCCAGGAGCUAGGCCCUCUGCUGAGGGACUAUCAACGUCUCAUUAUUCGCCGCUUUGUGGAAAGCCCAUCCCCGGCAUUCCUUGAAAGGGAAGAUCGCCGCCUCUUCCAUUUGAAAAAUGCCUCGCAGUUGCGCAUGGAUGACAUCCCCAUCUUGCUGGGCGAGUAUAGAACUCUGCUUUCCACCUGAGAGAGGGGCACACAACUAUUUUGCCUGGUUGGUGCUUCUGGGCUAAAACCAUUGUGCUACGACCAUCGGUUAUCUGCUUCUGUGGUUUCCGAUGCGCAGGGCGAGAAGGACGAUGGCCCAACCACCUAGGCCCCAGGGCAAGCAAACAGACCGUUGAUGAGCAAAAUUGAUGAGGAAAUGUUGUAUUUGGGAAAUGCAUAGAAAACAAAUGCCAUGAUCUAUAAUGGUUGUAUUUUGAUGUACAAGCUAGAAUCUUCUUUUAUUUUCUUGGAUGUACAAAUGUAAUUUUAAAAUUUUCAAAAUAAAGAGCUCCAUGGAGCUACGGAACAAGUUAAUUCUCA